UUUUAUUUAUAGUUUCUUCUACACAAAAAAUUUAAUGUACGUGAUAAUAAUAUACCUUUUAUUGCAAUAAAAUAUCUACGCGAUUGAGCACCUCGAUAACGGUUACUAAUGCUUGCUUCAUCGCGCAUGUCCCUAGUUAUUUUCCAAUAAACGCCGAAAAACACUGACACGGCUGAGAUUGAUCGUUGAACAAUUUAUUAACAGAAAAAACUUGAGAGCGGUCAUUUCGGCAUUUUUCGUUAACAUCGUCGAACUCUUCGUAUGGCUAAUUGGCUACGCCAUCAACGUAAACACUUUCAUUUUUCGGACAUUACAUCAUGUUGGAAAAAGCAGAAUUCUUAUUGGUCAUCGCACAUGAUUGAAAAUCUGAAAUAUAAAUAUUUUGGUGAUUGAAAAAUAGCCGUACGGAAAUUUAUGGAGGAAAAGAGAGAAGCGGCUUUUGAGAUCAAUGUUUGCAUAGAAUCCUAAUAAUACAAAGAUUUUAUAAGUAUUUUUUAAAUUUAUUUCGUAUGUUACAAAUUGAAAAUCUCUCUACUGAGAUAGGUUAUCCAACAAAGGUAACCGAAUGGACGUCGAAGGCGCGAAAGACGCUGAGGAAGAAUCGACCGAGGAGGAAAAACAUGUCAAGGCUGAGGUGAAGCCCGAGACCACACGACUCAGUCACCAAGAAUUAGUAAAGUUGACCAAGGCAACUAUACGUGAUCUCAUUGAAUGUGAGCCACUUCUCUCUGGUUUGCCUCCGGAUGUCACAAUAGAAGAGCUCAAAUCACAGAUCGCGGUCGCGCAAGGACAGGCCAUCACUUUGUUCUUGAACCGCGGUGAACUGCCAAAGAUCGCAGUAGUGGUACCUCCACACAACACAACAGUGCUCGACCUGAAGAAGGCCAUCAAGCGACACAUGAACUUGGCUUUGAAGAGAGAGAAUGUCGAGAAGAAGAUAAGUUGGAAGCAUAUCUGGAAGAAAUAUCACCUCUGCUUUGAAGACAUCAGACUUUCCAAUGAUAACGAAAACAUUAAAGCUUAUGGCAUUACCAAUAAAAUAGAAUUACAUUUCGCGAAGAGGCGCAGGGAAAAGAACAAACUGAUAAAAAGUUAACACGAUGUAAAUUCUGUGUAAAUUUCUAUGUAAAUUAUUAUUCACAAUCAGUAUUUCACUUAACAAUCUGUAUACCUGUCAUGAUGUCUGUGAGAUAAUUUUUAUUCUUACAAAUAUAAAAAUUCUCAACUUUUAACAUA